AUGUUAAGUUAGAUCAAAUUGACCAUGUAAAGGGUCAGAAACUCUUCAAAUUAAUCAGUUCGCUGUUGUGUUAUUUAUAAAGAAUCCUGUCCUACCAGCCGUUUACCAUCCUUUUAGUAUUUAAUAUAUGUGUGUGAAAUGAUACUUUGUUGCUGUUGCAAGUUCAAAUAUUUCAAGUUCAAAUCUCGAUUUAAUCAUUUAAAUAGAAAUUUUAAAAUUGUUUACACUGCAUUUAGUGUUACUUACCUUUGAGGUCAAAAACACGCCAGGGGAAAGCUUUUUUUCAAUUUUUCUAUAAAAACUAAAAUGAUUCUGUGCAAUUUAGCAUACUGCAUUUUAAUUCCAAUUAAUUGAUAACAAAUAUAUACCGGAUAAUGCUAGCUUUAACAAUUUUAUUUGCAAAUUUAUUAAUUUUAGCAGCAGGUUAUCAUGAUCCACAUUUUCUUGAUAAUCGGACAACAAUUGUUCACUUAUUUGAAUGGAAAUGGGAAGAUAUUGCUGAAGAAUGUGAAAAUUAUUUAGGGCCAAAUGGAUUUGGAGGAGUUCAACUUUCUCCAGUUAAUGAAAACGUUAUAAUUAAAAAUCGACCAUGGUAUGAACGUUAUCAACCAAUUUCAUAUAAGCUGAUUACAAGAUCAGGAAACCGUGAGGAAUUGCAAGAUAUGAUUCGGAGAUGUAAUGCAGUUGGUGUUAGAAUUUAUGUUGAUGCUGUUAUCAAUCAUAUGGCAGCAUAUGAUCAAAACAGAAUUAAAAUUUUUGGAACUGCAAACUCUGAUGCGAUACCAGGUGAAAAAUUAUUUCCGGCUGUACCAUAUACACCAGACGAUUUUAAUCCAGUUUGCGGUAUAUACAAUUAUCAAGAUCCAAAACAAGUUCGUGAUUGUGAAUUAGUUGGCCUAAGAGACUUAAAUCAAACUAAACCACAUGUUCGUGAAAAAAUUAUUGAAUUUUUAAAUGAUUUAAUCGAUCUUGGAGUAGCUGGUUUUAGAAUUGAUGCUGCAAAGCAUAUGUGGCCAAGAGAUUUAAGGGAAAUCUAUAAAAAUUUAAAAAAUUUGAAUACUCAAUUUAAUUUUUCUACAUGUGCUAGACCAUUCAUUUAUCAAGAAGUUAUCGAUUUCGGUGGUGAUACAAUAAAAAAGAGUGAUUAUACUCCUAUGGGCCGCGUUACAGAAUUUAGAUAUUCUGCUGAAAUUGGUAGUCUUUUCAGAGGGUAUAAUAAAUUACAUUGGGUAAGAAGUUGGGGUCCAGAAUGGGGUUUCUUAGAAUCUGAUUAUUCAGUUGUAUUUGUUGAUAACCAUGAUAAUCAACGAGAUCACAGUUCAUCAAUAUUAACAUACAAAAAUGAAGAAUGGUAUAAAUUAGCAACAGCUUUCAUGUUAACACAUCCAUAUGGUUUACCUAGAGUCAUGAGUUCUUUUUACUUUUCCGACAAAAAUCAAGGACCACCAAAAGACAAUCAAGAGAAUAUUAUUUCACCUACAUUUGACUCUGAUGGUCUAUGUACUAAAAGUUCUGGUUGGGUAUGUGAACAUCGUUGGAAAGAAAUCCGGCAGCUUGUUAAAUUUAGAAAUAUGGUUGGAGACGCCCCUUUAACUAAUUGGUGGGAUAAUGGUAACAAUGCCAUUGCAUUCAGUAGAGAAAACAAAGGAUUUGUUUUGAUCAAUAAUGAACAAAAUCAAAUCAACGCUAAUUUACCAACUUCUUUACCAGCUGGAAAAUAUUGUAAUUUAUAUGACGGCGGAAUGUUGGAAAACAAAUGUGUUGGAAGUGUAUUUGAAGUUGAUAAAAAUGGUAAGGCAAAUCUGGUACUAGAUGCUAAAAAAGCGAUUGUAUUACUUUAUACUGAAAAACUUUAAUUUAUUUAAGAUUAAAAUACUAUUUAUUUAAUAACACUCAUUAAA